AUGUCAGCGGAUCUGUCGGCGGUGACACGGGAGGCUUCGGCGUCGGGCGACACACCCACCUGCGCCCCUCGACCACGACCCCCUGCGUCCCUCAACCACGGCCCCCUGCGUCCCUCAACCACGGCCCCCUGCCCCCCUCGACCACGGCCCCCUGCCUCCCUCAACCAACGGCCCCCUGCCCCCCUCAACCACGGCCCCCUGCCCCCCUCAACCAUCGGCCCCCUGCCCCCCUCGACCACGGCCCCCUGCCUCCCUCAACCACGCCGACCCCCCCUGCGUCCCUCGACCACGGCCCCCCUGCCCCCCGCGACCACGGCCCCCUGCCCCCCUCGACCACGGCCCCCUGUCUCCCUCAACCAAGGCCCCGUGCCCCCCUCGACCACGAGCUCGAACGAGAGGGCUGCUCCUCCGCUGACCUCCGCUAACCGAGUUUCACGGCCGCUAAAUCAGAGUCAUGAUCACGGCCCGGGACCAGAACGAGCCGAGGAGGCACAGGGGAACUCAUCACACGGGGCCAGGACUGCACCAAGACGAGAGAGACGCAAUUUAGAGUUAGCUUCAUUCCCUUCGGAGCUGUUUUAA